UUUUAAGAGAAUUAAGUACGGGGAAGUCAUAAAACAAUGGUAAGGUCUAGAUAGCAAAUAUAAGAGUGUAGUACACACCCUGUUGUAUGAGGCAUAUCAUAGAUCAUAGUCGAGAUAAAAAAAAUCAUAUACUUCUCAAUCCAAAAUGCUCAAUGAUGGUGGUGCCAAUCAUGUCUCAAUUGAGAAGUCCUUCAGAAUAAAAGAGGAUGAUAGGUUCUUUUCAAGGCUAAUGUCCAAGGAAACCUCCAUGGCUAACUCUUCUUCAAGGGUCUUCUAUUAUGGAGAAACAUCAAUUGCAGUUCCUUUCAUGUGGGAGGCACAACCUGGCACCCCAAAACACCCUUCUUCUGAGACUUGUCUACCGCCCCUUACACCCCCACCUUCAUAUUAUUCCAAUUCCAAGUCGAAAAACAAGAGAAGAAACUCAAAGUCCAAUAUAUUUUCAUGUUUUAUGCCAAAGUUUAUAGUGGCAAGAAAGGGACAUGUGUCACCAACAUCAUCUCGCUCAUCAUCCUCAUCCUCAUCAUCAUCAUGGUCAUCGGUAUAUCCGGCAUACUCAUAUUCCAUGAGGGACACAGAUCAAGGAAGCAUCUCUUUCUCACGCUCUACAAAUGUUUGCUCUUUUCUCAAACACAGCUUCAAACGGAUUUAGAGGCUGUUAUUCCUUUGGGAACAUAAAGAAUGCAAUUGUGAGCCAUGGAGCAAUCUAGUUUGUGGAGGUAAUUAACAUCAUUAGGAAUUGAUUUUCUACAUGGUUUACAUAGUGUGGAAAAUCUUUGAAAAUGUAGUUGUUUGGUUGGUGAUUGUAUGGGGUUUAAAUGUGUUGGACACAAUAAUUUCCUAUCUCGUUGGAAAAUCUCAUGAUUUAGGUUGAGAAUGUAUAUGCUUGAAAUUAGAAGCCUUUUUUUUUUACUAUAAUAUACUUGAGUGAAGUUAAAUCUUCUA